CGGCUUGUUCAACUGAACAACAGACUCACAAAAUGUUGCUUUUACUCUUAGAAAACUUGCAUUUUAUGCGUUUCUUUUACUCUUUGAAAGCGGCUUUUUGACCACUUUGUGUCCAGUCGACCGACUGACGCUGUUACUUGUCGACGGAGUCAAACUAUUUGUUCAUGUAAAUAAGAACUUGCGAGUUUUCCGACAGUUUGUGGAUGUUUCCCUCAAAGUUGCAACAUUAUUUUUUUACACAUUUGGACUGACGUGACCCUGGAGGUUCGUUUCUUCUAUAUUUUGAGCGGAAUCCAGGUGUGAAAAGACGACAAACAGCCUCAUGACGUCGCCAUGGGAGACAAGGAGCUGUGUCUCAUUGACAACAACAUCAGCAGUUUGUUAGACAUCCCCCUGAGCCCGACCGUGUCUUCACUCAAUCUGCACUGCAAUCACAUCGAGAGGAUCGAGGGCCUGGCCUCGGCCUGGCACCUGCACCACUUAGACCUUUCCUCCAAUCGCAUUUCCAAGAUUGAAGGUCUGAGUUCCCUCUCGUCCCUGAGGACUUUAAAUUUAUCCUGCAACUUAAUCAGCGCGGCCGAAGGACUGAGCGGCCUUGUGAGCCUAACCAGAUUAAACUUGUCCUACAACCAGAUAAACGACCUCAGCGGCCUGCUGUAUCUGCACGGCCCCCAGUACCAGCUGAAGCACCUCGGUCUCCAUAGCAACCGGCUGGACGACAUCGAUCACCUCCUGCAGUGCCUGCUGGGAUUGAACAGUUUAAGAGAGGUCACUUUAAGCCGGGAUGGGAAAGAUAACCCCAUCUGUGGGUCACCAGGCUACAGGGAGACGGUUCUGCAGUCGCUGCCUCAGAUCUCCGUUCUGGACGGCGUGGACCGGCUGGGGAACCCGUCCGGCCUGAGCAGUCUGUGUGACUUCCCCGGGCUGGAGGACUACGUGGACCUCCUGCUCUCCUCGGACAACAGCCACAGCGGAGCGGUGGGACGGGACGGCCGUGUCCCCACGCCUCGCAUCGACCACCUGCUGGCUCAGUUUCGUCAGCGGAUCGCCUCAGACGCAGCGUCAGAUCCGGCCUCGGCUGCGGACUGUGAGGAAGUCCAGCCGGCUUGUUCCACCGGAGCCGAUCGGCGCAGCAGGAAGACCGAGCAGCAGCACAUCCAGCAGGUUCCUGCGAGUAAGAAGUCCGCCCGUCCCACGGUCCGGAAAGCCAAGAGGGACACAGACCGCACCUCGGAGAGCGAGUGCGACAGCGGGAAGGAGAUCGGGAGGCGAACGCGGAUUCCAAAACCUCGGAGCAGCCUCACAUCCAGCACCAGCACGCCGGAGAGCAGGGCCCGGAUGGCAGACAGCGGUCAGGAGAAGCGCAAACGGAGGACACCGAAGUACACGGCGGCGCCCAGGAGGAAGGCCGGCGGCGUGGAGGCCGCCGAGCCGACGAGGAAGGGGCCUGUGAGGGCGGAGCUAAAGGCCAGGUCCACCCAGGAGGAGGAGACCUACAGGGCGAUCGUGGAGGAGCGUGACCAGGAGCGGGAGCGGCGCUGGAAGGCGGAGCAGGCCGUCAGGAAGCUGACGGAGGAGCUGAAGCUGCUGCGCUCCAGGGUGAGCGAGGAGAAGGACCUGCAGAGCAUGGCGCUGCACACCACGGACAGGCUGAAGGAGGUGCUGCUGAAGGAGCGCUCGGGCCGCUCGGGGCUGCAGGCCCGGGUGGAGGAGCUGGAGGGGAGGUGCCGCUCCCUGACCCGGCAGCUGGAGCAGGCCCGAAACGAGGAGGAGCGGCACAGGACCGACCUGCGGAGGCUGCAGGACAGCGUGGCCCAGGGGGAGGCGCUCAGGGCUCGCCAGCAGGCCGAGGAGGUGAAGCGGCACCAGGAGCUGGAGAACAAGGCGGCGGCUCUGAGGAGAGAGCUGGACAUCCAGAGAGCCGCGGUGCAGCAGCACAAAGACAAACUGCAGGAGCUGCACGAGCUGCUGGCGUUCCGGGAGCAGGAGCACAGACAGCAGCUGGACUCGCGCUUGCAGCCCAGCGGGGCGGAUUUCCAAGAGGCGGUGGCGAAGGCCGUGUCGGCGGCCGAGCAGAGGCACGGCCGCAGGGAGGCGGAGCUGCAGGAGAGGCUGGAGGACGGCGGGAGGCAGUACGCCGCCCUGGAGGACGAAUUCCGCAUGGCGCUCACCAUCGAGGCCGCUCGCUUCUCCGAGGUGAAGGAGGCGUGUGAGCAGACGGCGGCCGAGCUGCAGGACGUGAAGACCAGUCUGGACCGGGCGCAGCAGAGGGAGAGGAAGUCCGGCUCGCUGGUGCAGGAGCUCACGGCCGUGGUGAAGGAGCAGAAGAGCCGCAUCUCGGAGAUCCUGAAGGCAAAGAAAGACGCCGUGGCUCAGCUGAAGAGCCGGCUGCAGUCCCUGGAAGCGGAGGCGGGACAGGACCGGCGGCUCGGCCUGCAGCUCGAGCUGCUCAAGAAGGACAAGGCGCGGUUGUUGUCUCAGCUCACGGCUCAGGAGUCUGUGAUCGACGGCCUGAGGGCGGAGAGGAAGGUCUGGGGCCAGGAGCUGGCUCAGCAAGGAGCCUCGCUGGCUCAGGAUCGAGGGCGUCUGGAGGCGAGGAUCGAGGUGCUGAGCUCUGAGCUGGACUCUCAGAAGAAGCAGGCGGAGCGGGACAGCGACGCUCUGAAAAUCAAAGCCAGAAUCAUCGACGACCAGACGGAAACGAUCCGCAAACUCAAAGAGAGCGUGCAGGAGCGUGACGAUCAGAUCCGCAGGCUGCGGGACGACGCCGUGCGGGCCCAGAGGAGCCUGCAGCAGCAGCUGGAGGAGGAGGCCGGCCAGCAGGCCGAGCUCCGGGAGCGGCUGGAGCAGCUCAGCCUCCGCAAGGAAGAGCUCAAACAGCAGCUGGGGGACAAGGAGGCGGAGCUGGAGGAGCUCCGGAGGGUCUACAGCGACUCCAGUCAGAAGUGGCAGGACAAAGCAGACCUGCUGACUCGCCUGGAGAGCCAGGUGAUGCGCAUGAAGGACAACUUCGAUUCAAAGGAGCGCCAGCUGCUGGAAGAGAGAGAAAAAGCAGCGGAAGCUCACAGAGCAGCGGUGGAGAAGCUGCACUGCGUGGAUGAUGCUUUUCGCCGCCAGCUGGAGUCGGUCCAGGCCUCGCAUCAGGCCGAGCUGCUCCGUCUGGCCAAUGAGAACCAAAUGAAGAUGGAACAGGCCAAUCAGAAGGUGAUCGACGUGGAGGAGGAGAUGCGGCAGCUACUUGAAGAGACGGAAACCAAGAAGAGAAUGAUGGAGGCGAAGAUGAGACGUCUCACCAGCGUUCUCCAGGACUUUUAACACAACACAGAGAGAUCUAAUGUUUAUAUAUUUGUUUACAAGCAUUUUUGUAGAUUUGAGUACGGUCAUGUUUGUUGAAAUAAAUCUAUUUUCUGUUCUUUAUGUCUCAUGAAGUGACAUUAAGUCAU